AUGCUUCAAAAUCUAACUCUCACCUUCGGAAAAACUGGAAAAAUUUUUUGCAAAGUGGAAUCUGAGAAUAAGACAAUUUAUGAAUGGAAGUUGGAUGGCCGUAGCCUACAGAGAAGUGACAGAAUCAACAUCAUGAAAGAUGAAUAUUUGGAGAUUCACAAAGUGAAUGAAAAUGACGCAGGCGUGUACAAAUGCAUUGCCACAAUAAUAAGUAAUUACGUAGCUGAGCCCUACAGUGUAGACAUCAAAGUUUCUGUGACGGGUGGCCAACCGGUUAGACCUACCAUCUUUACCCCAAGCAUACCUAACGCAGAAUCUACUAUUGUGCACAGAACAGAGCCCGAAGGCCAUACGGCUAGAACUACCGCCUUAUUCCAAACACGUCCUAAUGCAGAAACAACUUGGCCUAUUACGCACAGAACAGAGCCCAAAGGGAAACCAGGUGGACCUAGCACACGCCUACCUAAUACCAAGACUAUCAAAGGUAUACCAUCAGGCAGAGACGACUCGAACCCUAAUGGUGGCAGUGAAGGUAAAAUACUAUUCCAUAGGAAAUUUGGAAACAGUAACAUCAGUAUUGUAAUGUUGUCAAUCAUGUCAAUGCUAAUAAUUACAGUUCCAUAAUGUGUACGAUACAUCAGCUUUACUGCAGCAACAAGAAUGGCAAAGAAAUGCAAUCUUUAUGCUAUGCACUCGCAACUUAGUACAAGCAUGUUGCCAUCCUCAUUUAACUCGCUUCAUAGACAAUGCAGUAACUUCCAAUGUUCAGCAAACACGUCUAUGCAAAUUAGAUUGCAAUGGAUCACACCCAAUCAUAGUAUUGGAAUCUCAGGAUGUUUACGUUUGAUUCAGACUCAGAUUAGUAUUGUCAUAACAAAAAAAGUAGUAUGAACUUCCUUUCCAAAAUUGCAAAGUAAACACACAUAUUGAAAGACAAAUUGCACAAAAACAAUUAUAUAUAACUAGAAAUAAUUAUAAAAUAGACAUAGAUAAUCAAAGCCGGGCACUCAUUGCGUACGACCGUGUUGUCGGCCGAUGUGAUUCCAUAAAGAGCGCAAUGCAACGACGCGCGCAACGGAUCGUUUUUAAUGACGAUCUGUUCAGACUGCCACCGACAGUUAGCAGACGGCGUCGCGUCGUCUAUCGCUCACAGACAGCGGAGUUGGAUUCGUCCUGCGACGGUCGUACAACGCAGUGUCUGCCUGGCUUAACAGUGAAAAAAGAGUUAAAUUAGAGAAGUAUGAACAUUUAGGACUAAGGUUUUAUGUUUAUCUUUUAACUAUUGAAUAGGCGGAUGGCUGUCGGUAUAAAUGAAUUUCUGAAACUGUUUGUCCUGACUGGAGUGUGACGGAUUCUACCUUAACUACUUGUGAUAAUAGUAUUAUGAAGGAGAUGAGUAUUCUUCAUGUAUAAUGGCCUUAAGUGUUCUAGUGAUAAAUUUAUCACAAAAUAAUCAAAUUGCUCAGCAUACAUACCAAAAAUCUUACAAGCUAACUUAAUAAUCCCAGUGAGUUUUUGUAGACUUUCUUUGGAUAAUUCAAUAUACCAGACAAUACAGCAGAAUGAUGUGGAAGACUGGAUGACAGAAACAUAGGACAUAUUAAUAUUAAGUUUUUUGUUUCAAUGUGUAUAUUACCAUGACGUUUUCCUCACUAAUAAUAUUACUACAAGGGAUCGGAAUUGAUUGUGACAUAACUUGCAUUAUUGUAACAAUUCAACUUUCAUAUAAAUUCAUAUAAAUGCAUUCCUUUACUGAUCUAAUACAAGAUCAGACUCUGCUGAUUGGUAGUGGGUUAGGCUUAUUAAACGUUGCCAAACAUAAUUAGUCUGAUAGAAUUUUUGCAUUAUAAGGAAGAUAUUAAUCGGAGCUUAUUUUAUAACUUUUCCCUGCAGAUAUUUAAGCAGGAAAGUACAUAGUAAAGGUAGUGUUUUAAAGCGCUUUUAUUUGAUUAGCUUCUCGGUAAUAGGAGUUUAAAACAAUGUAAUGAAGUUAAAAAUACCCAGAAAAUUAGGUACAGUGGCAAAUUCAAGGAUGAAUGCAAGUCCUAUCUAGGCAUAUUCUUUUUAUUAUGCAUCAACACAAUCUAGACUAGAGCAGUCACUCUAUGGAGUGCAUGCUUCCGCCCUGUACCUGAAUACCAACACUACUCAGGCCGUGUAUGAUGGGUGAAACUGCAGCAUACCCUCAAUGAAAUAAUGGAAUCACCGGUCGUAUUCAUGCACAUUAUUUUCUUUUCUACAUUUUGUUGUUAACUGGACCCACAAGUUUGUGUAUGAGUUGGUAACUGUAGUCCUACCUGCUAGAUUGGUGGAAAGGCACAACACCAUUACAUAAUGUCCCUGAGGCCAAAAGCAUAGACAGUAGUUCUACCGCUCGUAACAAAAAUUUAUUGGUGGAAUUAGUUAACUACAUAUCAAGAAGGUAUGUACUGUGCUUCCCAAAGAGAAGACAGUUUUAAGAUGAACAAAUUUGGAUCUUAUAUACCUAUAGAUUACUACAGUGUUAUGUCACGAUACCACGCGAUACUACUCCGUUGCUAUCGUUGCAAAAAGCGUUCAACCGGACGCCAUUUUCUUCACUGACAAAACAUUGAUCCCAAUUUCGAGCGUAAUUAUUAAGAUGUUGUAUCUUACUUUUUCUUUGUAAA